CCCUCGUUCACUUUCUUCCUGUUUCCAGAUCGUAAACUCGGUUCAGUUAAGCAUAAGCCUUAGCCUUCCAAGCCUCUCCCGCAAGAUGAUCGAAUCAGCUUCAUCGUUCAUCAAAUCGUCGAUACCCUUGUACCAUAAUGCGGUCAAAUCAAUUAUCUUCAAAUGCGCCGAGUUACUUAUGGGUAUUUUUAUCUUCAAGCUCUUCUCCUUAAUUGCUGCUCGAUCAAAUCAAUUCACAUCAUACCUUAUGUUCACUGAAGAUUACAUUCAACGAACUCUCUACAUUACAUCUCGAGGUUUAUCGCGUGCAGGAUUGGUCGUACUUGCCUUUAGUCUUCUCAACAUCGUCUUAGGACUUUAUGGUACACUCCUCUGGGCGCUGGAUUCCCCGGGUUAUAUCUUCCGAGCAUCGAAUGUGACAAUCGCCGAUUACCAAGACCAGCGAAACGAGAAUCCUAGCUAUAUUGUCCAGCUCUCUCUCGACUCCGACCAACUGCAAGAUGUGGAAAAGAAGAUUCCACAAAUUAUUGGCGCUGACCUGUUCGUCCCAGGCCUCAACUACACACUCACUGGCCAAGUGACCAAUAACGACCCGCCAGAGGUCGUGGCGCCUGCAAGAGAGAGAGGGGUUGGUGCGCGCAUCUGGCUUGAUAGUGAUGGCUUGUCUGUGUCUCCAGAUACUGGCUCCAUGGUACCUCCUAACUCCGCCCUUGACGGCAAAACUUUCGAGCCUUGCUGGCUCUUUGAUAACGGAUCUGCCGCCUGGAAUUGCACAUUCAAUAAUGUCUUCUCCACCAGCCUCAUCGCAACUGCAGCCGGUAAACCCGAGAUUCACUGGAACAAUGCAACGGAUACAGUUUUCGACUCGAGAUACAUGUUGCCCAACAGAGAGGAUAACAUCUGGUUCUCUCUGGGUGGAGGUGGUGGCUCAGCUCUCAUGAACCAAGUCUUUACCAUUACCAAAGAGAAGAGACGCCAUACUUUCAGCCAGUCUACUUUCAAAGCCACCAUGUUGACAACUGUUGGGACACCUUUUGCCAGGGAAGAAGUUACCGAUCUUGUUCAACGAACCUGGAGUGCCAAUGAGACUGAAAGAAAGAAUCCGCUUGCCGGUCGGAUUGUGGACAGUAUGAUGAAUGCACAGGACCGAAAGUCAAGCUAUCAAUUCGGCGCCAAUACAGCCGACAAUGGUAAUAAGUCUGCAUUGCAAAGUAACUGGGGAUUUUAUACUGCGGAGUCCAAUGGGACGACUAUGUACUCUCUCAUCAGUAUCACCACCACGAAUAUCACCCUUAUCAGGUCCGAGACCCUUUCCGACGCACCAAAGCCUUUUGAGAAAUGUGAGAGAUCGAACUUCCAGAAUGAGGCUUUUGGUGGAAAGGUCACUCGCACUGAUUGUGCUGGAUCCAGACCUGCCAGGGGCAAACCUGGAUUCUUUGGUCAAGUUGACACAGCAGCUGUCAUGGUUGCUUACGGCCUUGGCAAUGGACGGUCCAAUAUCAGUGCGCAGUCGCUUAACAACGAUGUUUUGACAUGGAUUAGGAAUAAUUCCGAGGCUCUCGAAUCUCUUCUCGUCGCAAGAGCAUAUUCUGUCAGCAUCGAUCCGUCUCUUGUGCAGAUCACCGUUGACAAGCUUACGGUGGCUAUGUCUCGCCUCCAAGUUGUUCUGAGCUGUCUGGCCCUACUACUCGCCAUCGUUCUCUGGCUGGGCCUCAUGAUCUUUGCAGAUGCGCACUGGGCCAGCUCUCUCAUGGCAAACUUGAUCAACACAACAUCAGAGCCAAGGAAGACCAAGCCUGGAUAUAUACUACGCACACCUGAUGUAGCACUACAGUCUGGAGGCCAGAAGAAGAAGUUUCUGACAGUGGAUGGCAUGAUGGUCACUUUACACAACCCGACUUCCAUUCCAAUGCAGCAACCUACGGCGAGUCCAGCACCAUACAUUGGGGGCGCUAAGAACUACAUGGAGGCGGGGGCUUGUCCAGUGGGUUACGAUGGGCCAAUUGCUGCAAGAGAGGGUUUGCUGUCAGGCCAUAAACAGAGCUAUGCGAAUGCACGAUAGGUUUUGGGGGGUUAUAGAUAUCGGAUAUCCAGCAUGGAGGAAAGAAAUUUGCAUUCUUAGUUUGAAGGCAAGUUAUACAGCAUUCCCCGUUUUUCCAAUUCACCUUUUGCUAUUUUCUGUACUAUGACGAUGUGUUCAGUAUACGCUUCGAAAGCCUUGGCAGGUUUGGUGCCAGCUAAAACUCUUAUAAUAAUAGGAGGUAUAUGCCCCAUGGUUGUUCGCGUCCCAGGCUAGGUGAAGACAUUUAAAAUCUGCAGCGUCAGAAAUACCAUAGAACUAAUAAAUGACGCAUGUUUCCGGU